AUGCCUAAGGAAAAGACUACCCGCAAGACGGCCAAGCCCCGUGGCGAGAAGAGAAAGAAGGACCCCAACGCCCCCAAGCGCGGUCUCUCUGCUUACAUGUUCUUCGCCAACGAGAACCGUGAGCGCGUCCGAGACGAGAACCCAGGCAUUGCCUUCGGUGCCCUCGGUCGUAAGCUCGGUGAGCUAUGGAAGGGCUUGAGCGACUCCGAGCGCAAGCCUUAUGAAGACAAGGCUGCCGCCGACAAGAAGCGUUACGAGGAACAGAAGGCCUCCUACUUAGCUGCUGGCGAUGACGAGGAAGAAUCUUCCUAA